GCGCGCGCACUAACUCUAAUCUCAUCACAGCAGCCUCGCCGGCCGUCAAUCUCAUUACACUCUAUGCAACAUCACGUCGUGCGGGAACGCCCUAUUCCCUUAGUGACCCUCCAUCACGGACCCUCCUACCUCCUUCUCCUCCGAGUGAGCAUGUAUAACCUUUAUCUUCGCCAUACCCGUCCUUCAUCUUCCUCCUUCUCUUUUCUCUCGAUCAGGUUUACCCGGACAAGCUCAUUCUUUCUUUUGCUUUUUGGCCUCAGCUCACCAGAGCCGGCUACCACAUUCGCUCGUUUGUGUAUUUUCUAAAUACACGCCUUUCAUUCAUUUCAAAAGAAGCCGACUUGUCGACCCUUCCAUUCGAAACCUGCCAAUAAGCGUUUUUCCAACCCUUCAAAAUGUUGUCCAAGAUCGCUGUCGUCGCCGCCAUCGCGGCCGGCGUCAACGCUGCCGUUCCCGGCUCAUACGGUGCCCCGGCCUACAACGCCCCGGCCGGCUACAACGCCCCUCCAGGCUACGCUGCUCCUCCGAGCCACGAGACCACCUCCAGCAAGCCCGCCGUCUCGACCUGGACCUCCACCUCAUCCACCGCUGAUGCCGUGAAGCCCACCACCAGCUCCAUCGAGCACGCCCCGGUCUACACCGCGCCCGCUGGCUACGCCGCUCCUCCGGUCUACACCACCGCCGCCACCAGCCCGGUGACCCACGCUCCUCCGGCGUUCACCACCAAGACCACCUCCACCGCUGAUGCCGUCAAGCCUACCACCUCCUCGGUGGCCGCCCCCCCGGUCUACACCACCGCCGUGGUCCCCCCGGUCUACACCACCAGCUCCACCGCUAACCCCGUUAAGCCGACCACCAGCUCUGCUGCGAUCCCCCCGGUUUACACCACCGUCUCCACCCCGAGCGCGCCUGCACACACCUCGACCACCUGCACCGAGACCACCACCAAGGCCUCCACCGUGUCCAAGGAGACCCCGACCAGCAAGGCCACCACCCCGGCCACCGAGACCAAGACCACCGUCACCAAGCAGAGCACCGUCUCGAAGGAGACCACCAUCUCCAAGGAGUCCCCGACGAUCCCCGUCUACAAGACCACCUCCGUUGAGACCCACAAGACCACUGUGUCCAAGGAGACCCCAACCAGCAAGGCCACCACCCCGGCCACCGAGACCAAGACCACCGUCACCAAGGUUAGCACCUACUCCAAGGAGACUCCCGUGACCAAGGAGACCACCGUCACCAAGACCAAGGAGACCCCGACCAUCCCCGUCUACAAGACCUCCUCCGUCGAGACCCACAAGACCACCGUCUCCAAGGAGACUCCUGCUACUCACACCACCCCCGAGUCUCCCGUGACCCCGACCACCGUCACCAAGGCCAGCACCUACUCCAAGGAGACUCCCGUGACCAAGGAGACCACCAUCACCAAGACCAAGGAGACCCCGACCAUCCCCGUCUACAAGACCUCCUCCGUCGAGACCCACAAGACCACCGUCUCCAAGGAGACUCCUGCCACCCACACCAGCCCUGAGUCUCCCGUGACCGCGACCUCCGUCGUUCCUCCUCCGGUUUACAAGACCACCGUGGUUCCUCCCCCAGUUUACAAGACCACCACCGAGCACAAGCAGAGCACCGUCAGCAAGGCUUCCACCUACUCCAGCCCCUACAGCCCCGUCAAGACCACCCAGGCUCCUCCCCCGGUUUACAAGACCACCGAGGUUGUCCCUCCUCCAGUCUACAAGACCACCCAGACCAGCCCUGACAGCCCCGUUGUCCCGGUCACCAAGACUACCGUUCUGUCCUCCACCGGCACCACCUACGUCGUCUCGACCGUGACCGUCCCCAACUCGCCCACUGCCCCGGCCUCGUACACCACCACCAAGACCACCUCUACUCAGACCACCUACCUGACCGUCACCAAGCCCUCCAGCCCCGUGACCCCCGAGACUUGCGUCCCGACCACCGUCACAGUCACUGAGAAGAUCACCGUCACUGUCCCCGGCAACGGUCCCACCGGCCCUGCUAACUACCCGACUGGUCCCGCUCCUACUGGCCCUGCUGGCCACCCCACCGGCCCUGCUCCUACCGGCCCGGCCGGCUACACCAAGCCCACUGGCCCUGCCCCGACUGGCCCGGCUGGCUACACCAAGCCCACUGGCCCUGCUCCCACCGGCCCAGCUGAGCACCCCACCGGCCCAGCUCCUACUGGCCCCGCUGGCUACACCAAGCCCACCGGACCUGCUGGUUACCCUACCACUCUUGUGACCAAGGUCAGCUCCGCUAGCUCUGCCUCCAGCCCCGCCGGUCCCACCGUCCCCGUCUACAAGACCUCGACCGUCUCGACCCCUGCUGGCCCCACCGCUCCCGUCUACAAGACCUCGACCGUCUCCAGCCCCGCUGGCCCCACCGCCCCUGCUGUCUACACCACCAGCAGCACCCCGGUUGAUGCCCACAAGACCGCUACCACCAGCUCUGCUGCCACCACCACCUGCACCGAGGAGGAGGCUCACCCCACCGCUCCGGUCUACACCACCGCCAGCACCGCUGACGCCGUGAAGCCCACCACCAGCUCCGCUGCUGCUCCCCCGGUCUACACCACCAGCUCCGCCGCUGCUCCCCCGGUUUACACCACUGCUGCCCCCACCACCAGCACCGCCGAGGCCGUCAAGCCCACCACCAGCACCGCUGAGGAGCACUCCCCCAUCAACACCGCCCCGGCCGGCUACAACGCCCCGGCUUACACCUACGCUCCCACCACCGCCAGCACCGCUGACGCCGUCAAGCCCACCACCACCGAGGCCACCCACGGCCAGCCCACCUUCGUCUACGUCUCCCCGGUCCCCGCUGGCCCCACCGGCUACGCUGCGCCCGCAGGAUACUAGAUGACUAUGACACGGCAUACGGCAUGACGAGUGAGGUCCACUCGGCAUCGUCCGGACAAUUAUAGAGGGAAAAGCGAUGGGAUGCGAGCUUUGGGUUUUUCCA